AUGCCCAAUCCUUUUCGGGAGAGGCAUCUGGGUUCCGCUGAAGAUCUCGAGGACAAAUCCCGACCUUCCUCCAUUCAGGAUUCCCCAACCAAUGAUCCCCCGGCCAUCCUCUUGGAUCGGGAUGCAGCCAAAAUCCUUCCCUAUGAGGCCGACAAUUCUCCCUUCCCCGAAGUGCGUGCGGUCGUCAAACCCACCGACGAUGUCUCGACUCCCGUCAACACCGUGCGUAUGUGGUUCAUUGGCAUGGUCUUUACCAUUGUCGGGAGUGGCUUGAACCAGUUCUUCAGUCUGCGCCAGCCCAGUGUCACCAUCAGCGCCCUCGUCGCCCAACUGGUCGCCUAUCCGGUCGGAUGUGCCUGGGCGCGCUGGGUGCCGUUGGGUUGGUGGAACCCGGAUCGUUACUUCAAUAUCAAAGAACAUGCCCUGAUCACCAUCAUGGCCAAUGUCUCCUUCGGAUCCGCCGCCGCGACCCAGAUCAUCGAGGCCAUGGUCAAGUUCUACCACAUGCCCUCCCAGGGCGGAUUUGAAAUCCUCCUGGUCAUCACCACGCAGAUGUUCAGUUUUGGUCUGGCCGGUCUCGCCUCGCGCUGGCUCGUGGGCCCGGCGUCCAUGAUCUGGCCGCAAGUGCUGUCCAAUGCCGCCCUGUUGUCGACUCUGCACUCGCGCACCAACUUCGUCGCAGAUGGCUGGUCAAUCCCGCGCCUCCGCUUCUUCCUCCUUGUCCUCAUCGGCGGUAUUGCGUGGUACUUCCUCCCCGGGUAUCUUUUCACCGGACUGAGUACCUUCACGUUCGUCUGCUGGAUCGCGCCGCACAAUGUCGUCCUCAACCAGCUGUUCGGCCAGAAGACUGGUCUGGGCAUGUCGGUCUUGACCUUUGACUGGGCGCAGGUCGUCUAUGCCAACCAGAGCCCUCUGUUGGUCCCGUUCUGGGCGGGACUGAACGUCAUGGGCUCCUUCGCCCUAUUCUUCUGGCUCCUCUGCCCCAUUCUCUACUACACCAACACCUGGUACGCAGCCUAUCUCCCUAUGCUGAGCCCGGACACUUUCGACAACAGGGGCCGACCCUACGAUACCCGGCGCGUCCUGCGUCCGGACGCCUCCGUCGACCCAGACGCCUACCGCGCCUACUCCCCCAUGUUCCUCCCCAUCGGCUACGCCGUCACCUACGGCGUUGCGUUCGCCAAUCUGACGGGCAUCUUCGUGCACAUCGGCCUAUACCACGGCCGCGACCUGUGGGACCAGUGGCACGGCCGCUAUCAACAGGACAUCCAUGCACGGCUCAUGCGGGCCUAUCGCGACGUGCCGUGGUGGUGGUUCGUCGGCGUCACGGUGCUGAUGUUCGCGCUCAGCGUCGUCACCAACGAAGUGUGGGACACCGGCCUGCCGGCGUGGGCGGUGCUGCUCGCCUUCCUCCUGCCCAUGUUGUACUUUGUGCCCAUUGCCAUCAUCAAGGCCGUCACGAACAUCUCCAGCAACCAGCUGAACCUGAUCACCGAGUUCAUCGGCGGCUACGCCUUCCUCGGCCGGCCCGUCGCCAACAUGGCCUUCAAGUUCUACGGCUACGUCGCCGUCUCCCAGGGCUUGGAGUUUGUCGCCGACAUGAAACUCGCCCAUUACAUGCACAUCGCCCCGCGCACGCUCUUCGUCGCCCAAGGCCUGGCCACGCUCGUCGGCGCCGUCGUGCAGUGCGGCGUGACCGUCUUCAUGCUCACGCGUAUCGAGGGGAUCUGCCAGCCCGACGCCCCGGGGGGUUUCUCCUGUCCGCAUGGACAUGUGACGUAUUCUUCCUCGUUGAUAUGGGGCGCUCUUGGCCCGGCCCGCAACUUCUCCCCGGGCCAACUCUACGGCAAUCUCCUGUGGUUCUUCCUCGCCGGCCCCGCCGUCGUGCUCAUCACGUACCCCCAGCCACGGGAAUCAGCUUCUCCUCCUGGUGGCUGGUGA